AUGCACGAUCUACGCAAAAAAGCCCUUUUGGAAAGUGGCAAGACCGUUUCUCGAAAGGCUAGAGCGCGGCCCGAAGCCCCACGCUCUGGCGGCACUCUCUCUCCCGGCAAUGGCUCUCCCGCAAGCUCGCGGCCCGGCUCGCGGCCCGGCUCACGGGCACCCUCAACAGCGGGAUCCCGAGCUGGAAGUCGUGUCCCCUCCGAGGAUGGAGCUAGUGAAUACGACUUCGAUGACGCCAUGACUAUCAGCAGCGCCAACUCGGUAACCGGGGAGGAUGUUUACGAGGACGAUACAAGCAAUACGUGGCCGGAGAGGUUGCAAGACCGUAUUGCCGAACUUCAAGAUCGCAAGAGAAGCAGCGUUCAGGGCCGCGAGGCUACGCUGAAGGCAUAUACACACAUUUUGAAGCACCACUUUGCACAAAAGCACAUUGAGAAGAACAUUUCCGACAUCCACGCGGCCCUCCUCCGCAGCAUCAGAAGCGGAAGCAGCGAUCAGGAACGCCUGCUCGCUCUCCAAGCACUUGCAGUCACCAUCCUUAACUGCCCCUCGGACGCGAUAUUCGAUCACGUCUGGUCCGCACUCAAGGUAGCCUGUGAGGACAGCGAGGAAGACAAGAUCAAGGUCGAGGCUAUCAACGCCAUCAGUAUCGCCGUGUCACUUGGGGGCGGUUCAUCCAGCGCCGCCGAAGAAGUUCUUGACUUCCUACUCGAAAUCAUAGAAAGCGACGGCCAGAGUGUGGGUGCUCCCGACAACGGCAACGUCGUAGCAGCAGCUCUCCAAGCCUGGGGGUUUGUGGCCAGCUACAUGGACGACUUGAGCGUGCAGCGCGACCAAGCCAUGGAGGCCUUCAUGGAGCAACUGGACAGCACAGACAGUGACGUGCAAAUCGGUGCCGGCGUCAACAUUGCCCUGCUGUUUGAAGCUGCCCGCGACGACGAAGAAGAGACGGGCGAGAGCUCAGACUUGCAGUACAACCAGCACAGAAUCAUGACCCGCAUGGCGGAGAUUGUCCGUGACUCUUCCAAGGCGGUCUCAAAGUUGAACCGUAAACAGCUAAAGACCAACUUCCAAAGUAUCAUCACCUCUUUGGAACGUGGCCUGGGUCCGGGAUAUUCGACUGCUGGUCGCAGUUCGGCGAAUCCCCACACGGGAGGCUCCAGGAUGGAGUCAGGUGCCGGAGGCGAGGAUGGCUUUGUCGAAUUUGGAUAUCGUGAGAAGCUACGCAUUCACAACCAGAUUCUGAUUAUUGAUACGUGGUCAACACACGCUAGGAUGGAGACCUUAAAGACGAUCCUUGGUGGCGGUUUGGCGACGCAAUAUAUUGAGAACCCUGCGGUUAGGGAGGUUCUGGAGGGUGCGGAUGUGGAGUUUAUAGUCAGGACUAACAGGAGAAGGUAG